AUGGCCGUGGGCUUGGACGUGGGGCACUGGCUCGGCGAGAGCGUCGGCUUGUCCGAAGGCGCGCUCGACGGCUUCGCCGACGAGGGCUCCUGCGUCGGCAGCGGGAUGGGCGCCGCCGUCGGUCUUGUCGUCGGCAGCGGCAUGGGCACCGUCGACGGCAGGCUCGUCGGCGGCACGGACGGGAAGCUCGUGGGAGCGGCGCUGGGCUUCUCCGAGGGCUUCGGCGUCGGCAGCGCCGACGGCGCGGAGAUGGGCAGCGCGGAGGGCUCCUCCGUGGGCUCGGGCGUCGGCGGCUCCGUGGGGACGGUCGUCGGCGCGGGCACGGGCACGCCCGUCGGCGCGGGGCUCGGCGCGUCGGACGGCCGCGGCAUCGACGGCGCGAACGUCGGCGCCGCGGACGGCUCGGGCACGGGCACGAGCGACGGCCGCGACGUCGGCAGGGCGCUCGGCUUCUCCGUGGGCUCGGGCGACGGCAGCGGCUGGGCCGUGGGCCGGUACGUGGGCUCCGGCACGGGCACGGCCGUCGGCGCGGACGUCGGGAGCGGCACGGGCAGGCCCGACGGCCUCGGCGACUCCGUGGGCACGAAGGACGGCUCCGGCGACGGCUCGAGGGUCGGGCCGGACGUCGGGAUGGGCACGGGCGCCUUGGAGGGCUCGGCCGUCGGCCGGAGCGUCGGCGCCGGGAAAGGCGCGUCCGUCGGCUGGGGCUCGGGGAUCUUCGUGGGCGCCGCGGACGGCAUGGUCGUCGGGAUCUGCGUCGGGUGCGGCACGGGGGCGCCCGUGGGGUACCCGGUGGGGAUCGUCGUCGGCAGCGCCGUCGGCACGGGCUCGGGCGCCGCGGACGGGAAGCCCGUGGGCGUCACGCUGGGCUCGGGCGUCGGGUCCGGCGCCGGGAUGGGCGUCGGCAGCUCCGAGGGCGUCUCCGUGGGGUAG